GUCACAAAAAUAUAUCGCAUGUAUUUUUCAACACAAUAAUAUUUCGCAAAAAUCUGUGAACUGAUGGUUGGCUUUAUUUCACCCUGCCAGGAGCCUGGGGGGUAACCAAUCCACACUCAGGGGCCAUAGAAUAUGGUAAACCAAACCCUCCUUGGUCUCAUUGCACUUCGAGGAGGUAUCAUGGCUUCUAAUAACCUGCUGAGACGCAUCUAUCAUACACUAGCCCCUGCAAUACGGAUUGCUGAACAAACAACAAGGCCAUUAUUCUCAGAUCGAUACCUCUUAUACACAAACACUGGGAUAACUGUUUUUCUAUCAGGAACUGGGGACUUCCUCGUCCAACAUUAUGACAUAGUCCAAGGGAGGCAGGACUAUUGGGACCCCCUUCGGACUCUACGACUCGCAACUUCAGGGGUUUUUAUUGGACCUAUGUGCCACUACUGGUAUCGUUUCUUAGAUAGAGUCAUCCCUGGCAGAACUAUCAAGGCAGUAUCAAAAAAAAUAUUUUGGGAUCAGUUGAUCUUUUCCCCAGUGAAUAUUUCAACAUUUUUUAUAGUGGUUGGAAUUAUUGAGGGACAAUCUCUAAAAUCAUUGUACCAGGAGUUGAAAUGUAAAGGACCGACAUUAUUCAAGGCUGAACUGAUGAUAUGGCCCCCUGCUCAAUUGAUGAACUUUGCCGUUGUGCCUUUAAGAUUCCGUGUAUUAUUUGAUAACACGGUGUCUUUAGGAUUUGACUGGUACUACUCACAUGUUAAACAUAAUCAUCCCAGUGGAGAUGAAAGUGAGGAUGAUAAUAAUGAAAAAUUUAUUAAUGAAAUUCAUAUUAAUGUUAAUGAGUCAAAUCAGAGGAAGGAUAAUCAUAGUUGCACAAGUGAUGACAAAAACAAUUUGUAGGAUUUAUAUAAUGCCAAUAUAAUUGCUUCAAAUGCAUCAAGUGAUAUGUCU